AUGGUGCAUGUGGAUGUCCUGGCUGAUGCUCUCAAGAGUAUCAAUGAUGCUGAAAAGAGAGGCAAACACCAGGUUCGUAUAAGGCCAUGCUCCAAAGCCAUCAUCCAGUUUCUAACUGUGAUGAUGAAGCAUAGUUACAUGGGUGAAUCUGAAAUUAGGGAUGACCACGGAGCUGGGAAUAUUGUUGUGAACAUCCUAGGCAGGUUAAACAAGUAUGGACUAAUCAUGCCCAGAUUGGAUGUGCAACUCGAAGAGCUAGAAAAAUGGCAGGACAGCCUGCUUCUGUCCCAUCAGUUUGGUUUCAUUGUACUGACAACCUCAGUGGGCAUCGUGGACCAUGAAGAAGCCAGAUGA